AUGGCCGGGAAGACAGAAGAUAUCUCCGAUGUCGAAGAGAGGAAGAACGAAGAUAUCUCCGAUGACGAAGAUUUCGCCGCCGUGGUGAAAAGGUCUCACUCAGGCGUGUUCUGGGACGCCGUGGGUUUCCCAUUACCUCGUGGUAUGAGUCCUGAUGAGAUCCAUAAAAGAAUCGAAUUAUAUUUACAUGAGGGUGAUGAGGAUAUUACGGGUCACACAUACAUAUGGGUUUAUGUUGAUGAGACGGAUAAGGAAGGGCCUUGGUUUGGGUCUUCUUAUCUCACAGACAAGACUUGGGAUUCCAGAAUCUACUUCCUUCCCGGAGGGGCUGAUAAAUACAAGAGACGUUGUAGAAUGUUACAUGACAUCCAUUUCUGGGCAACGGACUUCCCUCCUCCAUCACUUUUGUUCGUAGUGUCGGAUCAAGUCAAAAACGACUCCUUGUUCUGCGAUAGGCUUUCAUUGUUUGCUAGCUCAGGUUACCGUGUCUUCUUAGCAGCUCCGUUUAAGAAGUACUCACCAGAUACUGAAGCUCGUUGGCCAAGAUCGCUUUUCCGUCGACUCUUCUCUUUUGAAGACGAAGAGUAUUGCUGA